AUGAUUCGAUGUUUCUCGUCGGAUGUUCGCUCGCACUUUGCGAAAGUUGGUGAGUAUCUGCGAGACUGUCGUCAGAGACGAGACAAUCGCCUGACCGAUGUUCGUGUCAGAUGCCUUGGCUUCAACGAGUGCAUGCAUUCCGUAAUUGCUUGCACACAUUCAAGAAUGUUACGUCAGAUAAUUGAAUCUCACAGACCUCCAUACGAGAUCAGUUUGAUGGGAUAUCACCCAAAAGCGGUCUCGAGAGUGAUCGAUUGGAUGUAUUUCGGAGAGAUUGAUGUGAUGAUUUCCGAUAUGGCGGCUCAUUUGGAAGUAACGGCCGCAAUGGGUGUAACGAAACUGCAUGAACAACUCGAAUACAGACUGCAGCAAUGUGCCGUUCGUCCUGACUUGCGAAUACCGGCACUCAAUCUGGCCAUUGAACCACGCUAUAAGGUAUCGCCGGUUGUUUUGAGUCGUAUCAUCUCGUUGGUCGCCAGCACUUGUAGUACACUUACCGAGGCUGAUCUGAAAAAUAUCACACCCCGAUCGGUUGGUGGGCUUGUUGCUGAUCAAAAUGUGCCAUUCCUACAGAAAGUGGAUCUUUUGAAUUUGGCUGUUCAAUGGCUUAAACAUCAACGAACUGCUCAGUUCAUGGAUCCGGUUUUGUGUGCAGUGCGUAUGCCAGAUAUAAGUAGAGAUGAAGUGUGCCGCAUUCUCAUCGAAAUCCGAACGCGUUUACUGAGCAUUGAUCAAACUGUGCUUGAAUCUCUCUAUGUGUACUCCCCGGAUGGAGUACAUGUCGCUCUUCGAGAACCUGGCACAAUACCACAAUCCGGUGGUGCGGCCACGAUCCAAAGUCCCGCGGGUUCGGCGCAGCCAGCACAUUCCAAGGAUAAUGCAGAUAGAGUUGUUCCGGAGGGGGGACCGGAAAGAUUUGCUGCAUACGGCGGUAGUAUCUUCUCGCAACCAGUAACAGCAACAAGUUCAGUUCAUUCAGCAACGACCGGUACAAUGUUACAGGCACAAAUGUUGCCUGAAGUGGCACAACAUAUCCCUCCUCCACCUCGACAGUUGAAGCCUCCAUCAAAACCACUCGAUCCUUAUAAUAUCCCUGAACAAUAUUCUCAGUUCGGUGGUCGUGGCAUCACACCGCCUGUUCAACCCAGGAUCCUAAGCACUUCAACGCAGUCAACAUUGACAACAACAACAACAACAUCUCAACAACUGGUGGACGCAACACCCACUCAACUGUAUCAUCCGAAACAGAAAGGAAGUCAAGAACUGCUGAAUGCUCGCGCUUUCACGUCUGAAGAGAAAGCCGAAAACGAUGCCUUACCUGACAUGUUUGGUUAUACUGAUGCUGUGGUGACUCAACCAAGAAGACGAAGAAGGAUGAGCAGUAUUAUCGACAUAAGAAUUCUUCCCGAACACAACUGUGAAACUGAAGGAUCGCACAGUCAAUACACCGUUGGAUUGCCAGGAUUGGACACUUUACGCCAAAUCGACAGUAUUCCGAAUUUCACCUUCAGAUCUGCAUCCUCACUAUCUCAACGUUCGGGAAGCAUGUCUAGUAAAAGUCGUUCGGAUGAAACUGUUAAUCGAAAGGCGUACGGACCAGAAAGUAUCGCUGAGAUCAAGAAUCUACCAAAUACAUUCGAAAAACCUGGUGUUCAUGCUGAACGAUCCGAUACGACACUGAACCGUCGAGCGUUUGGUAGUGAAAGUAUUGCCGAAAUCAAUCAGUUACCGAAUUGUUUCAGUCCGCAUGAUGUCUCUUCGAUCCGAUCCGAUGAAACAAUCAAUCGCCGAGCGUUUGGUGCCGAAAGUAUUGCUGAGAUAAACAGCUUGCCUGAUUAUUUUGAAAGCGAUGGUAAACAACAAAAACGAUCUGACCAAACGCUGAAUCGUCGAGCAUCUGGACCCGAGAGUAACGCUGAGAUCAAGCAAUUACCGAACAAAGUCGAAGAAAAACAGUGCAUUAAUAUGACUGUUGCAGAGGUGAAUCAGCCGAAUCAGCCCGGAUCGAAGGAAGCAGUGAAACCACAAAGUAAAGAAAGCACCAAUGAUAACAAAAACUUACCGAAUACGAAUAAUGAAGGUGCUCACGCAAUUAUAACCACAUCUGAACCGGAUCUUUCACAAAAUAUGAAACGUCUUCAGUAUACACCCUCGGAAAUUAUGGAAGUGAAUGCUCAUCCAGACAUCCUUCCAUCCGACUACGUGAUCGGUAAGAAGCACUUGACCCGUGAGGAGAUUGAAGAACUGCGAGAGCUUCCGCCGAUUGCCGAUGAGCGUUCAAAGUUGCCAAUUUUGAAUCGAUAUGAAUUUACUGCUGAGGAGUUAGAAGACUUGAAGAAUCUACCGGACAUAACGAAUUCACAAUACACUGUUGGUCGUCGACUGCGUUCAGAGGAGGAACUCCGUGAGAUCGCUGAUUUGCCGAGUAUCGCAGACAAAGGAGAUAGACGAACCAACACAGCAGGGUUUCAGUCGUCGUUAGCCAUUACAUUUAUCGAUCUCAACGAAUUGUGGACAGUGGACUGUGAUAUUCUUUUGCCAACAUCAGUGUCGCCGAACAAUAUCGCAAUGAACAAUGCACAAAUGGCUGCUCAACAAUGUCCAGCGAAUAUGAAUAAUCAAGCUUUCGCACAGAAUGUACACCAAGGCUUCACACAACAAACGAUGCCUGCACUAGCGGUUAAUGUGCCUCAAGGACACCCUGUGCCUCAAUUUAUACCACCAGCAAUCCCACCACAAAAUAUGCCGCCAGCAAUGAUGCCACAAAAUAUUCAACCGCCGUUUCCACCACCACCACAAAACAUGAUGCCAGGCUUCCCACCACAAAACAUGCCACAAGCAGUGCCCCAAAAUAUGUGCCAAUUUUUCAGACCACCGAUGUGUAAUCCCCAUUUGGGAAGACCAAUGAAUUUUGGUGACGGACUACAGAGAUGUUAG